AGUUCAUUUCCUUGACAACACAUAAUGAUCCAAUAUAAACUCUCUCAGGACAAAUCUAAAUAGUUCAAACAUUGCUCAUGAACUUCCUUGUAUGUGAUCAGACAGAAGUUGCGGCUAAAGAUGAACUAGAAACAGCUUUGGAGAGAGCUUCCAUGGUGAAUAAGACCCUAAUAAUUGCAGUCAUAAACAAAAAAUAUGUGGAGGAGAAUGGCAUGCUAGAUCUCUUCCUUCAGAGCUUGCGAGAAGGGGAGGACACCAAGUUCUUGAUCAGACACUUCCUUUUUGUCGCAGUUGAUCAAACUGCCUUCAACAAGUGCAGGGCCCUGGAACUCCACUGCUACAAGCUCGACACAGAUGGUGCCGACUUCUCCAGAGAGGCGUUUUACAUGUCUGAGAAUUUCAUCAACAUGAUGUGGCAAAGAACUCUCUUCCUUGGGGAGAUACUCCGUCGUGGGUACAGCUUCAUCUUCACUGAUAUGGACGUUCUGUGGCUGAGAAACCCAUUUGCCAAGUUGAGUUAUGAUGGAGAAGACAUGCAAAUAAGCUGUGAUUUUUACAAUGGUCGACCAUUAGAUGAUUCCAAUUUCAUUAACACUGGCUUCUACUUUGUGGCAUCAAACAACAGAACAAUUGCACUAUUUGAUGAAUGGUAUGCAUCAAGGAACAACUCUGCAGGCAUGAAAGAACAAGAUGCACUGGCUCGGAUGAAAUCUCAGGGUGCAUUUAGGCGGUUGGGCAUGAAAGUCAGAUUCUUAGACACAGCAUACUUUAGUGGGUUCUGUCAAGACAACAAGGAUUUCAGCAAAGUGACUACAGUGCAUGCAAAUUGUUGCUGUAGUGCGAAAUCCAAGCUCAUUGAUCUGAAAGCUAUCCUUGAAGUCUGGAAGACAUUUAAUGGCACAUCGAGAGUCACAUGGCCGGAACGCAAGGGAUGCCCUGGGAAGAAAAAUGAUGCCAGCAAAGAUGAGCUUGAAAGAGCUUUACAGGAAGUUUCCAUGGAAAACAAGACCCUGAUAGUUGCCAUAAUAAACAAGAAAUAUGUGGAGAAGAACGGCAUGCUAGACCUGUUCCUUCAAAGUUUGCAAGAAGGGGAGGACACCAAGUUCCUGAUCAGACACCUCCUACUUGUGGCAGUGGAUCAGAUAGCUUUCGACCAGUGCCGGCUCCUAAAACUCCACUGCUACCAACUUGUCACAAAGGGCAUUGAUUUCUCCAAAGAGCAGUUUUACAUGUCUGAUGGCUUCAUCAAAAUGAUGUGGCAAAGAACUCUCCUCCUUGGGGACAUUCUCCGUCAUGGGUACAACUUCAUCUUCACAGAUAUGGACGUGAUGUGGCUGAGAAAUCCAUUUGCCAAGUUAAAUCAUGAUGGAGAAGACAUGCAAAUAAGUACUGAUUUUUACAAUGGCCGGCCAUUGGAUGCUUCCAAUUUCAUUAACACUGGCUUCUACUUUGUGGCAUCAAACAACAGAACAAUUGCACUAUUUGAUGAAUGGUAUGCAUCAAGGAAUAACUCGGCAGGCAUGAAAGAACAAGAUGUUCUGGCUCGGAUGAAAUCUCAGGGUGCAUUCAGGCGGUUGGGCAUGAAAGUAAGGUUCUUGGACACAGCAUACUUUAGUGGGUUCUGUCAAGAUAGCAAGGAUUUCAGAAAAGUGACCACAGUACAUGCAAAUUGUUGCGUUGGUGUGAAAACCAAGCUCAUUGAUCUGAAGGCCGUUCUCGAAGUCUGGAAGGCAUCUAAUGGCAUAUUGAAUGCCACAAUACCUGAACACAAGGCAUGCAAAGGGAAGAUAGAUACUGCCUCCAAAGAUAAGCUAGAAACAACUUUACAGAAAGUCUCCAUGCCAAACAAGACCCUGAUCAUAGCAGUAUUAAACAAGGCAUAUAUAGAGGAGAAUGGCAUGCUAGACCUCUUCCUUCAGAGCUUGCGAGAAGGGGAGGACACCAAGUUCUUGAUCAGACACCUCCUUCUUGUAGCAGUUGAUAAGACAGCCUUCAACCGGUGCAAGCUCCUAAAACUCCAUUGCUACAGGCUUGCCAUAAAGAGAACCAAUUUCUCCAGAGAGCAGCUUAACAUGUCUGAUGGCUUCAUCAAAAUGAUGUGGCAGAGAAUUGCCUUCCUCAGAGAUGUCCUAAAGCAUGGAUACAGCUUCAUUUUCACGGAUAUGGAUGUCAUGUGGCUGCGAAAUCCAUUCACAAAACUGAACCACAAUGGAGAUGACCUGCAGAUCAGCUGUGAUGCAUACAAUGGCAAUCCACUGGAUGAUUCCAACCCCAUCAACACUGGCUUUUACUUUGUAGCCUCAAACAACAAAACCAUUGCAUUAUUUGAUGCAUGGUACGCAUCAAGGAUUCACUCGGCACGCAUGCAAGACCAAAGUGCACUGUCUGUCAUGAAAUCUAAGGGAAUUUUUAAUCAAUUGGGCAUGAAAGUGAGAUUCCUAGACACCCUCUACUUUAGUGGGUUCUGCCAAGACAGCAGGGAUUUUAAAGAAGUGGCCACCGUGCACGCAAAUUGCUGCCGCAGUGUGAAGGCAAAGCUUGCUGAUCUGACAGCUGUCCUCAAAGUUUGGAAGAGUUUUAAUAGCACAACGAUGGCCGGGUGGCCUGAACACAAGGCAUGUGCUGCAUCAUCUAAUGUUGCCCCAAAGGAUGAACUAGAAACAGCCUUGGAGAGAGCUUCCAUGAGGAACAAGACCCUGAUCAUAGCAGUACUGAACAAGGCAUACGUUGAGGAUAAUGGCAUGCUGGACCUCUUCCUCAGAAGCUUGCGAGAAGGGGAGGGCACUGAGUUCUUGAUCCAACACCUUCUCCUAGCUGCAGUAGAUCAGACAGCAUUCGACAGGUGCAGAGCACUAGAACUCAAUUGCUACCGGCUUGUGACUGAGGAUGUUGAUUUCUCCGAAGAGGUGCUUUACAUGUCUGAAAAUUUCAUCAAAAUGAUGUGGAAACGAACUCUCUUUCUUGGAGACAUUCUUCGGCGCGGGUACAGCUUCAUCUUCACAGAUAUGGAUGUGAUGUGGCUGAGAAAUCCAUUUGCACAGUUGAAUCAUGAUGGAGAGGACAUGCAAAUAAGCUGUGAUCAUUACAACGGCCGACCAAUGGACGAUUCCAACGACAUCAAUACCGGUUUCUACUUCGUGGCCUCGAAUAACAAAACCAUUGCACUCUUUGAUGAAUGGUAUGCAUUAAGAAAUAAGUCUCAAGGCAUGAAAGAACAAGAUGUGCUGUACAAAAUGAAGUCUCAAGGCACAUUUAGGCGGCUGGGCAUGAAAGUGAGAUUCUUAGACACAACAUACUUCAGUGGGUUCUGUCAAGACAGCAAGGAUUUCAGAAAGGUGACUACGGUGCAUGCGAAUUGUUGCCGCAGUGUGAAAGCCAAGCUCGCAGAUCUGACAGCGAUCCUCAAAGUCUGGAAAGAAUCUAACAAUACAUCGAAUAUCACAUUGGCUGCACACAAGGCAUGUGCUGCGUCGUGGCAGGUAUGAAAAAAAGCUGUCUCCAUAGAUAAGCUAGGAACAGCUCUGCAAGAAGCUUCCAUGGGAAAUAAGACAUUGAUCAUCAGUGUACUAAAUAAGGCAUAUGUGAAGAAGAAUGGCAUGCUAGACCUCUUCCUUCAAAGCUUGCGAGAAGGGGAAGGCACCGAGUUUUUGACCAAACACAUCCUAUUUGCGGCAGUUGAUCGGAUAGCAUUCGACCGUUGCAAGAUCCUAAAGCUCCAUUGCUACCAGCUAGCCACAGAUGGUGUUGAUCUCUCCAAGGAGCAGCUCUACAUGUCUGGUGGUUUCAUUAAUAUGAUGUGGCAAAGAACUCUUUUCCUUGGAGAUGUUCUCAAGCGCGGAUACAGCUUCAUUUUCACAGAUAUGGAUGUCAUGUGGCUGCGAAAUCCAUUUACAAAGUUGAACCAUGAUAACGAAGAUUUGCAGAUAAGCUGUGAUAGAUACAACGGCCAGCCGUUCGACGUGGCCAACCCCAUCAACACUGGCUUCUAUUUUGUGUCCUCAAAUAACAAAACCAUUGCAUUAUUUGAUGCAUGGUAUGGAUCAAGGAAUAACUCUGCAGGAAUGAAAGACCAAGAUGUGUUGUCUGUGAUGAAAUAUAAGGGUGCGUUUAAGCAGUUGGGCAUGAAAGUUCGAUUCCUGGACACCCUCUACUUUAGUGGCUUCUGUCAAGACAGCAAGGACAUUAAACAAGUGAUUACGGUGCAUGCAAAUUGUUGUCGAGGUGUGAAGGCGAAGCUUGCAGACCUGACAGCCAUCCUCAAUGUUUGGAAGAGCUUUAACGGCACCAGCACUGUCCGAUGGCCUACGCACAAGGCAUGUAGUAAGUCAUGGAGAGAAGAAAUAACGGUUUAG